GAAAGAGUUUCAAGAAUGUCGGACUCGGUCAACUCUUCAUCUGCUUCCAAUCAAUUCGAUGGCCAGUUGUCAGCUUUGGGAGAGGCCAACGUGCAGUUAGGAUUACGGAUGAGGACAAAAGUCCAGGAAAUGGGAGAAUUCAACAAGAAAACAACCACCUCCAAAGAUGAGCUCAUAGCUUCCAUAACUUGCAUUGGCAAGUGCAUUGACAGUCUUGAGAGGGCUUUGUUUAAAAACAGGGUGGUGAUAAAUCAUAGAGUGAAUCCACCUAUGUUGGUUAGAAUAUCGAAGGAUAUGACUAAGGAUACACUAAUGUCAAAUGCCAAGCUCCUCCUGGACCAUUUCAAGAAUCAUACCCUCCAGUACUUUUGUAAUGCUUUCUUCCCUCCUGUUACUGCACCAGAUGAUGAUGUUGUGCCCAAGUUUGAUAUCUUCAGGUCUCAUCUCGAAAAAUGCGAGUCUCUCUUUGACCAGGUCAUGAUGGAAGGUUAUGACUCCAACUUGCAAGACAUCUAGCUGAAGAUGAUGAAACUUUUAAGUAGCUUACCUUAGAGUGGCGGAGCCAAGAUUGUUAUUCAUAAGGGUCAUUUUAUUAAAA